AUGGGGUUGAGUAGCAAACAAGUUUCUGGUGAUCAUAUUGAGCUCAACUGGACUCAAAACAUGCUAACAUCAGACACCAUACAGUCUUCAUCAAACCCUCGUUCAACAACAUUGAAAAGAUCACUACCAACACAACAAUCCGAUCUUGUAAAGUGUCCACGAUGUGAUUCAACAAACACAAAGUUUUGUUACUACAAUAACUACAACAAAACGCAGCCAAGACAUUUUUGUAAAGCUUGCAAGAGGCAUUGGACCAAAGGUGGCACUCUUCGUAAUGUCCCCGUCGGUGGUGGCCGGAAAAACAAGCGGAGCAAACGACCUAACACCACCACAACUGCCGCCACAACCACUGUGGAUCAAAGUUUAGGGUUUAAUGGUCACAAAUACAUGUUCCCAGAUGAUAAAGGCUUGUUCUUUAAACCAAAUGACAGCGAAUUCGAUCAAGUUUCUUGGGAUUUUAAUGGCGGAUUCACCGGUUCCACCACCACUAUGCAACCAACUCCGCGUCAAAGUUUAGGGUUUUCGAUGCUGUCAAACAUGUCGACCUCCAUGGAUACAACCUCUAUUCCGAUCAUUCCAACUUCUUUUUCGCCAUUGUUAUCUGGUUUUAAAGACGAUUCAACCCUCACCACAUCAAGAAUGAUGGUGCAAAAUUCUGCAACAGCUUCGCAGCCAUGGAUGCAGGCUCCAACCACCAGCAAUUUCUUGGAAUCAAAUUACUGGAACUGGAAUGACAUUGAUUCAAUUGUUGAUCAAUCUGAUCUUAACAAGCCCUUUGAAGAUCCACAAGUUUAA